AUGGAAUAAGGUUCUAAUUAUUUUUUCAAUUGCCCUUAAAAAUAACAUAAGGCCUUUUGGGAUAGAAAUUUUGAUAUAUUGUUAAAUCAGCAUGAAAAUUUCUAAAUUUCAAAUGAUAACAGCACUACCUUCUAUAAAAAGGGAAGAAUAUUUAAAAAAUGGAUACCAAGACUAUAUUCUGUGUAAGGAAAUUAUAUAUUGUACGGAGACACUAAAAUGAAAGGGUUCAGGAAACUAGAUUGCGUAUACUUGCAUUACAGCUUACUAGACAACAACUAUAGAUAUCAAUUGCAACUGAUAUAUUGCGGAUUUAUUCUAGACCUCUAUACUGAUCAAAAGAAAGAUUACGACAAUUUCAAAGAGAUACUCUAACAGCAUUGCAUUUUAACAGAUUUUCAUACUUAAUUUAGUUUAAUGAAACAAAUUGGAUUUGGUUCGAGUGCCUAGGUUUACAUAGCCAGAAGCAAUUACAAUAAGUAGUACUAUGCUAUCAAGAGGGUCCAGAAAAACUAUUAGAUUUAAUAGAAGAAAUUGGAACAGGAGCAGUCUCUAAAGAAUGAAAUCCAGAUAAUGAAGGAACUUAGUCAUCCGAACAUUAUAUCUUUUCAUCAAGUAUUUGAGACUAAUAAACAUAUCAAUCUAGUUUUGGAAUUAAUUUAAGGAGGGGAAUUACUCAAAUAGGGAUAAUAUAAAAGCAUUCGAGAUGCAAGAAUGGUUGCACGUUAAUUGGCCUUAUGUGUUGAUUAUAUGCACCAAAAAGGGAUUAUGCAUAGAGAUUUGAAGCCUCAGAAUAUUUUGUGUAAAUCCAACACAUCUGAUGUUUUGAUUGCUGAUUUUGGUUUGGCAACUCACAUAAAGGAAUCAAAAUAAUUAUAUUAUAGAUGUGGAACAACUGGAUAUGUUGCUCCUGAGAUCUUGAUGUAUAAGGAAGGAACGAAGAUGUACAAUGAAAAAUGUGAUAUCUUCAGUCUUGGGGUCAUUUAUUAUUAACUAAUUUAUAAUACACAUCCGUUUAAAGAUACUUAGAAAGCAGGGAUAUUAAAGAAGAAUAUGGCAGUCGAAUACAAAUUCGAAGAUUCAAUCAAAGUUCCUUAGAGUUGCAAGGAUUUAAUUGCUUAGAUGUUAAAAUCAAACCCAAAGCAAAGACCCACAGCAUCUCAAAUAUUGAGACAUGAUUUCUUCAAUGAAUCUUUGUGUGAACUUUCUUACCCGAGUCUAAUCAGUUCAAUAUAGGAUUUAAGUGAAUAAAAGAAAUCUGGACAGUCUUUUAAUUCUUAGAUCUGUGAAUUGAAGUUAUCAACAUUUUAGAAAAAUGGGCAAACUGUUUUUGAGAAAAUCCCUUUAUUACGAUACAAUGGAACCCCCAAUAAUCACGAGUUAAAAGAGAGAUCUCCCAUUUGGAAUAAGCGAAUUGAAUUAUAGAGAUUAGCCAGUUAGCCAAGAUCCAAAGCUCAAUCCCUUAACACAGUGAAGAAUCCAGAGAUCAGAGGAAAUAAGGUCUCUAUAUUUCGACAAUAAUCUAAGAAUUCAGAAAAUGAUUUAGAUUAAUCUCACCAAUAUCCAUAUACAAGCAUAAUCAACAGAUGUAAAAUUAAGAAUAAAUGA